UUCUCCCGCGGCUGGUGUCCGUGGGCAUUAUGGAUAUGAUUGGCCGGAGCUGCGCCCGGUCAGCCACGUUUUCCACCACUGCUACGGGUAUUGUUCGUAAUAUUGUUGCUUCGAAUGUUUGCCAUUCGUCAAAUUUUGGAAAUCUAAAGGACCGCACCACACCACCUGCACCACCCCUCUGCUCUCAUCCCAUCCAUUGAUGGAUCUGCGGCGGUUGCAGCAGGAGAGACAUGCAUGGGGAAAUAGGUGUGAAUGGAUCGACUUUCCCAUGCUGCACCUUGGAAUUCCCAUUACCGCCGUUAGAACCCGGAUCCCACGCUGCUGCAGGCUCAACGUGCUGGGCGCCAGGAUGCCGUCACCGAAAGCAUUUCAUGUACAAAUGUUGUCGGCUUCCGCAGUCUUGCUUUUUGCUCCGCUCGCAUGCUUGUUGGUCGUUGAGAGAAUGGUUUGCUCGUUGAAUUCAAGAAACUCUCUCUGCUCCGGCCACCGUCACUGCCCCGCUAUCACCCAUCAUCCGCCGGGCCGUGGAGCCUCCCGCUAUGGUCUAGCCCAAUCCGGCUGUGGCUGUGGCUGUGCGCUGUGGCUGUGCGCUGUGGCUGUUGGCACUUCUCAUUGCGCUCAUGGCAACUCCAUGUCUGUUCGAUGAACACCUUUGUAACAUUACACGUAGAUUCCCGAGAAUUCUCCCCGUGGGAGGCGCUUCGAUUUCGUGGGUGCGAGGUGCGUCUCUGCACACUGUCGACAUGGGACUGUAAUCCGCCCCGCCAUGGAUGGUAACCAGCAGACAUGCAUGCUCCAAGUCCCUAGGGAAAGGUUCGAAUAUUGAAAGUUUCCGGCGGAGACGCAGUACAUGAACAGUGAAGUGGAAGCACGACAUAUUUAGUUAUACUCUC